AUUGAAAAGCAUGCUGCAAGUGUUUAUACAAGAAGAACAUUCAAAAAGUUUAUAAAUGAGAUGCGUCUGCAACAAUUGUAUUUUCAUGAAUAUCGCAUCGAUGAUGAGCCAUUUAUACGAGUGUACUAUUUAAUAAAGUAUGGAGAUCUUUCCGAGUGGAUACGUGUGGAGUUUCAUGUAGAUGAUGACAAUAUAAAAUGCUCAUGUCUUAAAUUUGUAACAAAAGGUAUACCAUGUCCACAUAUCAUUCAUGUGAUGAUUUUAGAGCAAUUAAAUAGGAUCCCUUUGACUCUCAUAAUGAAAAGAUGGACAAAAAAUGCCAAAGAUGAUGCACCUGUAGUUGUAGACAAUAAUGUUGAUCCUCAGUACCAGAGGAUGCUACGUUGCUUUCUUGAUGAUAAUGAUGUUGAUGUAUAUGAGAGAAAUAAAAAAGUAUGGCCAUUUCAAUUGGGAACAUUUUUUGGUGGUGAUUCAUCAGAGGAUCAUUUCCACACUCAGGAAAGUAGUAUUAAAGAUCUGACGAAGGAAGGUAUCAUUGACUCAGAUGGUGAGGUCCUUGCGAGGGGAAAAGGAACAUACAAAACACAACACUCUGCUAUCACGGGCUUUGAACGUGUGACUGGUAAGGGGAAAGCUGCAUUGCCACCAACAGCGGCGUACUACCUCUUAACUAGUUACGUAAUGGGAAGCGAUUCUGAUGGAUGA